AAACCACGACUGUAAUACUUCCUUUCACUCUAUAUCCAAUCAUGCAGGCAUAUGAAGACAAUGAGCCCAUCGUUCGAAUACGCGAUUACAAGCAAGACCGAGUGAAUUUUAUGCUUGAGAAUGUCGACCUCGCAUUCGCAAAUUCUUUUCGACGUGUAGUACAAGCAGACAUACCAACCAUUGCCGUCGACAUGGUCGAGAUAGAAGCAAAUACAACAGUGCUACCCGAUGAAUUCAUAGCACAUCGCAUUGGAAUGGUCCCGUUGGUGAGCGCAAACUGCGAUGAAGGCAUAAGAUACACUCGAGACUGCCUGUGUCUGUCUGGUUGUCAGUAUUGCUCAAUAGAGCUAAGACUGGACGUCUCGUGUAAUGAUAAUCGCACAAUGGAUGUCACUAGCAAUCAUCUCGAGGUCAUACCACCCACCUAUAUUGAUGGAGAAAAUCCUGGCGACGAGCUCACGAAAAGGGGAGAAGAUUUCGGGCAACCGGUUGGGAAAAACAAAGCCGAUGUACCACCAGUCCUCAUUUGCAAGAUACGGAAGGGUCAAGAGCUUAAAUUACGAUGUGUUGCCAAAAAAGGUAUAGCAAAGGAGCACGCGAAGUGGUCACCAUGCUCAGCAGUUGCGUUCGAAUAUGAUCCCUAUAAUAAAUUGCGGCACACGACGUAUUGGCAUGAGGCAGAUCCGCGGGCAGAGUGGCCCGUUGGUGAAAACGCGAAGGAAGAAGAGUCGCCAAGAGAUGACGAAGUUUUCGACUUCAAUGCGAAGCCAAGAAGAUUCUAUUUUGAUGUUGAGACGGACGGGAGCCUUGGGCCCCAGGAAGUGAUUAUGAAGGGUCUUGCAGAGUUGCAGACAAAACUUGCAAAUCUAAUACUUGGUUUGAAGGAAGGAGCAGAGUUACCGACUAGCGGAGAUACAGCAGAGGCUGGGGUGAAUGGUCAUGUCUCCACUGCUGGUGGUUGGGCGCCCCAACCAGGUAGUGGCGGUUGGGGUCAGAGUGCCGUCUCUGGUGCUGGAUAUGCAAGUCCCGCUGGUGGCGGCUGGACCAGUAGUGGCGGUGGCGGCGGUGGUUGGAGCACUAGCCCAGCACAAAACCCUGGGGGAAAUACCAGUGGAUGGGCAACAAGUCCUGCGCAAAACGCGGGAGGAGCUCCCAAUGCUGGUUGGGGGACGAGUCCAGCUCAACCGUGGGGAGCUUCAAGUCCGAAUGCGGCAUCCGGGAGCAGUUGGGGGACAUCUACUCAACAGGGCUGGAGCAGUCCUACUCAACAAGCCAGUGGAUGGAACCUAUAAUGGGUGUUUACUUUACAUAUACUUUCUCUGUCAAUCGCACCCAUUUGACUGAUAUCUGUGGAUGGCCGCAAGACCACGUUAAUAGCCAUAUUUGCCCGUCAUUUGAACUGCGCAAAUAAGUACUCCACAGUCUGCAGUCUACUGCUGUUCUGAGUUCGCUGGAAUUGGCCUUGGCCUGGGCAAAUGGUCGGGACCGCGUCCCGGCUUAUCGGAGACAGGUUCCAAUAUCUUCCUUAUCCACGAUCAUGUCCUUGGAGAUUGGCCUAUUUAAUGAUCACUCUGAAUACGCUUCUCUUCAGUGACAGUGCCUGAGAGUGUCCC